AUGGGGCCGAGGAGGUGGUGGUGCCUGCUGGCCGUGGCCGCGGCCGCGGCGCUGUCGGCGGCGGGCGGCGCCGGGGCGCAGGAGACGUGCUCGAGGGCGGUGCCGGAGCCGCCCAGGCGCGGCGCCUGGAUGUCGGUUGCCAGCUUCGGCGGCGCGGGCGACGGCCGGACGCUCAACACCCAGGCGUUCGCGGCCGCCGUCGCCAGGAUCCAGCGACGCAGGGCGCCCGGCGGGGCGCUGCUGUACGUGCCGCCAGGGGUCUGGUUCACGGGGCCCUUCAGCCUCACCUCGCACAUGACCCUCUUCCUCGCGCGCGGCGCCGUCAUCCGAGCCACCCAGGACACAUCGAGCUGGCCGCUUGUUGAGCCGCUGCCCUCAUAUGGGAGAGGGCGUGAGCUGCCUGGCAAGAGAUACAUGAGUUUGAUCCAUGGCAAAGGACUUCAGGAUGUUUUCAUCACAGGUGAGAAUGGGACUAUCGAUGGCCAAGGUAGUGUGUGGUGGGACAUGUGGAAGAAGGGUACAUUGCCCUUCACAAGACCCCAUCUACUCGAGCUCAUGGACUCGUCCGAUAUUAUUGUCUCCAAUGUGGUCUUCCAGGAUUCGCCAUUUUGGAACAUCCAUCCAGUUUAUUGCAGCAAUGUGGUGAUCAGAAAUGCGACUAUUAUAGCUCCACACGACUCUCCCAACACCGAUGGAAUCGAUCCAGAUUCAAGCAGCAAUGUUUGCAUUGAGGAUUGCUACAUCUCGACGGGAGAUGACCUGAUUGCCAUCAAGAGUGGCUGGGAUGAAUAUGGCAUAGCCUAUGGUCGCCCCAGCUCGGACAUCACCAUCCGGCGAAUCACAGGCUCCUCCCCUUUUGCUGGCUUUUCUGUCGGAAGUGAGACCUCUGGCGGUGUGGAGAAUGUCCUCGCUGAGCAUCUGAAUUUCUACAACUCAGGGUUCGGUAUCCACAUCAAGACAAACACUGGCAGGGGAGGCUUCAUUCGGAAUGUCACCGUCUCUGACGUGACCUUGGACAAUGUCCGUUACGGCCUGAGGAUUGCUGGUGAUGUUGGAGGUCAUCCUGACGAGCGUUACAACCACAAUGCGCUUCCAAUCGUCGACAGCCUGACGAUAAAGAAUGUUCAAGGCCAGAACAUCAAGGAGGCUGGGCUGCUCAAGGGCAUUCCGAAGUCGGCGUUCUCCAGGAUCUGCUUGUCUAACAUUAAGCUACAUGGCAGCGCACCAGUCCGGCCAUGGAAAUGCGAGGCUAUCAGUGGCGGUGCGCUCGACGUGCAGCCUUCCCCAUGCACAGAAUUGACUAGCACGUCUGGGAUGAGCUUCUGUACGAAUUCCCUCUGAUGCCGGAUAAGGUUUUGCACUUCAAUAGUCUGUUCUGUUUGGGUGCCAAUAUGUUUAGUUCCUCCUAUGUGGAGGAUGGCAUCAAUGGCACGCCAAACAUUUUUUUUCUUCAUUCUUUUAUUUUCAGAAGCAUUGUGCUUAUAGCGACUGGAAUCUAGUUCGAAAAUGAGAAUACGACUUCAUUCAUCAAAUAAUAGCAGGGUUGUUUACAAGCAUAUCAAUGAAAUAAGCUAAGGUGGAUCA